AUGAGGAACAGGAAGCUUACAGGUGGAGUGCGAUCCUCCCUAUGCCUGCAGGCCCGAAGUUGCUCUGCAGCCAAUUUGGCCUCUGUCCAGGACGUCACUGGCUCCUCAUCUGCCAAGACAGCAUGUCUGAAGACUUCAUCACACAAGGCCCCAGACAGACGAAUUUCCAAGAAGUUCAAGUAUGACAAAGGUCACCUUUUGAAGGCAGAAUUACAGAGACUUGUCCCCAAAAGUGACAUUGGUGCUGUGCCAAAAGUGGUUCCCACAGCCCCUAGUGAAAAUGAGCUUGCCGAAGGGGGCGCCCAGCUCACAGACGGUGAGACUGUGAUCCCUGCCCAGCAGGAGAGUGCAGGUGUUCUUCCUGGCCACUGCCAAGCUGUGAGUGAGAGUGAGGCUCCCUCAGCAGAGACUGAAGAUGGCCAGUCUGCAGCAGAACCCAGCUCUGGUGCACCAGCCCAGGAGCCAAACAGCAGUUCCAGCAGGCAGGCCGAGCCUGUGCUCCAGACAGAGGCAGUGCGGGCACCACAGCUUCUCAUGGACAAUAGCAUCUUUCGGGAUGAUGACAGCAAUCAGCCCAUGCCAGUGAGCCGCUUCUUCGGGAAUGUGGAGCUCAUGCAGGACCUGCCACCAGCCUCUUCAUCUUGCCCUUCGAUGAGCAGACGAGAAUUCAGAAAAAUGCAUUUCAGAGCCAAAGACGAUGAGGACGACGAUGAUGCAGAAAUGUAGAGAAUGGCUUCUUUGUAUUUUUUUAGUACA